UGCUCGGUGGAGCAUCAGUCUCCAGCUUUAUGUAGUCAUUGGUUUUAUCUCCCAUUCGAUAGGAGAAAUAAUCAUCAGAGACAAAAGGACGUGAUCGGAGAAAUGGGAAGGGCUCCCUGUUGCUCCAAGGUAGGGUUGCAUAGAGGACCAUGGACUCCUAGAGAAGACACAUUGCUCAUUAAAUAUAUUCAAUCUCGUGGAGAAGGCAACUGGAGGUCUUUGCCUAAGAAAGCUGGUUUGCUCAGAUGUGGAAAAAGCUGUAGGCUAAGAUGGAUGAAUUAUCUAAGACCAGACAUCAAGAGAGGGAACAUCACUCCUGAUGAGGAUGAUCUUAUAAUCAGAAUGCAUUCGCUGCUUGGAAAUCGAUGGUCUCUGAUCGCCGGAAGGCUUCCAGGUCGAACUGAUAAUGAGAUCAAGAAUUAUUGGAAUACCCAUCUAAGCAAGAGACUUAGAAGCCAAGGAACUGAUCCUAAUACUCAUAAGAAAUUGGCAGAGACAGUUCAACAACAAGGGAAGAAGAAGAAGAAAAAUAAUAAUAACACUUCCAGAAACAGUAAAAACAAGAAUAAUAAAGCCAAAGUAGAGCUUGAAAAGGCCAAGGUGAUCCAUCUCCCCAGGCCUGUUAGGUUUUCUUCUUUAUCUUUACUAAGAAAUGACAGUUUUGAGUGCAAUACUAGUUUGUCUUCAUGCCAAGGAGGAGAGGGUGAGGGUGAGGGUGGUUUAAGUGCAGAAGCUGUCACUGAGAAUCCUUGGUGUAGUUUCAAGUAUGAUCAUGAUGAUGGGAUUAGCUUUCUUGUUGGUGAUGUUGAUCAUGAUAUCGUCAACGGCCCAGAUCUUGGAUGCGUACCUGCAUCAAACGCAAAUCUAGAGAAGCUGUAUGAAGAGUAUCUGCAGCUCCUGAAGACGGAUGAUGAUCAUGGAAAAUUAGAUUACUCUUUUGCAGAAUCACUAUCGCUAUGAGAGUGUCAAGUAGGGCUUAUCAAACUUUAAGAAGAGUCAAUGUACACUCCUAUUAAUAGGACUGUUUAAAUUCAUAUCCUGCAGCUCUCAGUAGCUUUAUCCUUGUAAUUUCCCUAAGCAGAUAGAAUAAAAAAAAUAUAUUACAAUCUUAAUUACUUCAAUAAUAAUUAAAAGCUGUUAUAAAGA